AUGACGAGCGAAAGCGCAGCCCACUCUCCGCCGUGAGUCAGCGCAGUACCUGCACCGAAAGCCGGCGGAAAGAGGGAGGGAUGCAAUUAAAUGAAAGCUCCCCGACCAUUAUGGUCUAGCAGGCGCGCAGACGAGCAGCGAAGCCGCGGGCGGUCAGGGAGUGGGACACCAGGUUUUGGACUUGCUUCAAGCACCCUGUUUUUCACCGACGCUGCGGAUGGCCCCCUUUCUCCUCCUGCUAUGGUAGAUGUAGAUGAAAUGAGGAAGACGUUCCUCGUCCCGGAGAUCAAACCUUUGGAUCAUUACGAUUUCUACAGGGCGAAAAUCGCCGGGAGCCUGUCGUGGCUGAUAGCGCGAUCCUACGGAUCAGAGAAUGUGCCAGAAGAGCUGAGGGAGCCGUUUUACACUGACCAAUAUGACCAGGAGCACAUCAAGCCUCCAGUCAUCCGCCUGCUGCUUUCCUCGGACAUAUACUGCCGGGUGUGUGGUCAUACACUGCCGCGCGAUGAGCUCGGCCCACCACAGGAUAACACCGCCGUUCUCCAGGCUCUGCUGCGGAGAGGACUCCAGGUGAAGGACCAAGAGGUGGUGGUGACGGAGGCUGAUCUCCGGAAGAAGCCCAUCAAAAUGGGCGCCCACCUCUCUGUUAUCGAUGCCCUCAUGACUGCCUACAUGAUGGAAACGCUGAGUGGGGCAAAAUUGGCAGCGGGUACGGAGGAGAUCGCAAGCCUGAGCCCGUCAAAGCAAGUGCCAGCCAGCAUCGAGUUCAGGCUGCUUCUCUGGGUUGACAAGAUAAACCAGAAGUUGAAGGACGUCUCUGAACGCUUGCACCAGCUCAGGCAGCAGCCUGGUGUGGACAAUCCAACCAACCAAGGGUGUCCCACCAAGUGGUAUUGGAAGCUAGUUCCUCAUGCCAUCGCUUUUUGUUUGAAGGAGUCUGAGAAAAAGCCUCCUAUGAUUCGUUAUAGGAAGGAUAAGGUGUUGACCAAACAGAUUCCCUGCUUCCCCUCAGUGACUCAGCUGAAGGACCUUGCCAAUGGAUGUGCAGUAGCAGCGCUGAUACACCAUUACUGUCCUGAUGUGCUACGUUUGCAAGAUAUUUGUUUGAAGGAAACGAUGUCUGUAGCUGACAGCCUUUACAACCUGCAGCUGAUUGUGGACUUCACGCAGGAGUAUCUGGGCAGCUGCUGCCACCUGGGUCUGGAGGACAUGCUGUACACCCCACCAGUGUUAAAGAUUAACAUCUUGACAUUUGUGGCUGAGCUGUUCUGGUGGUUCGAAAUCCUGAAGCCUGAAUUUGUCCGUCCAAGAGAGGUUCCGGAUCUGGAAGAACUGCCAGGAAGUGGACCCAACACGCCCACAGGAGCAGAGAGCAGCAGCCAUCUUCCUGCCUUCCUGCUGAAGCAACCAUUUCUGCCUGUGGUCCAACAGACUUCUCUGGGAAGGAGCAACGCAGGUCCUCUGCAUCACUCUACCUCAAUGUCACAAGUCGAUUCCUUUGGAAAGGCAUGGACGAAGAAACAGCUGAAGAGACCGCUGUCACAAGCCAUCUCCUUCAGCAUCCCCUUUGGGUUGGACAGCGACGUGGACGUGGUCAUGGGCAAUCCUGUCGGCCUAAUGAGGUCUGUCAGCUCUGACAGCCUGACCAGCAACGCCUACCGGUCGCAGAGCAGUCUCCCGGGAGCGCCGUACGGUUGCGCUGAAGACACCGCCGGUUACCCAGGCAAGGAGGAGGUCCUGGGAAAUGAGAAUGGACUUGUGAGGUCGCCAAUAGCGCCUCAGAAACUGUUGCAGUCGGCCAAAGAGUAUCCAGGGCACCAGAAGCCCGUUGAAAACGGGGUGGUUGAUGACCAUAGCAACUACAUGGAGUUGCCAACCAUUGAAGAAGCAUUAAAGAUAAUCCACAACUCGGACAAGCUUGAACCUAGACUCCGUCCUGAAGGAGCACCGGAUGGCUUUUUCCUCCAUGGGCCCAGUGUGACAGAAGGGUUUAUGAAGCCCAAGGGGAACCAGUCCAAGUUAGACCUGGACCCUCCUCACAAGUCCACCAACCCAGUGAAGGACUCUGGGAUCCCUGCACCAGGUGGGUACCAGGCAAACAGUGGAGAAGUCCCAUCAGAAGAUGGGAAUUUUUCGCGGGAUGAUGACUCAGUCCUGAGAGACAACAGUCUGGAUUCGGAUGUGGAGGACUCUUCCAGGCCUGCCCUGGAGAAGGACUACACCAGCAAGGAUGAGUGCACAUCGUGUCUUAGCUCUCUGAGCUCACAGGCGGAGAGCGUGGCCUCCUCGGGUUCUGGGGUGAAGAUGACCAGCUUCGCGGAGAGGAAAAUGAAGAUGAUCAGCCCUGCAGAGCCCAAGUCCACCAUCUCACAGAAGACGACACCCGACAGCGUGGAUCUGAAUGACCAGGCCAUGGCCUCCUGGGCUCAGAAGUCGGAUGAUAGUCCCAGCAGGAACCAGGCGCUGGCCUCUGAGAUGACCCAGCUGGGCAUCCGGUUGGAGGAGAAACGGCGGGCCAUCGAGGCACAGAAGAAGAGGAUCGAGGCCAUCUUCGCCAAGCACCGCCAGAGGUUGGGGAAGAGCGCCUUCCUGCAGCUGAAGAAGAAGGAGGACGGCGGGGAGUCGGAGAACGGGAGCUCAGCGGACGGGGACAGGAGGAAGCUGUCCCUGGAAGAGAGGUUGUCCAAGAUCGAAGACGAGGAGGAAAGCGAAAGCCCGGGGCAGUUGAAAGGUGGCAAGGCAGCGGAGAAGGGCGAGGAGAGCCUCGGCAAGAACCACAGCGAGAAGCACGUGAAACUGAAUGUGCCGGAGUCGCCCAAGGAGCCUGAGACGGAUGCGGGUAUCGGAGAGUACAACAACGCCGUGGCAAAGCUCAACUCGGCCUUGUCCUCGCUGCAGAUCGACAUGCAGAGGCUACAACAGCAGCAGGAAAUGCUGAUGGAGAAGAAAAACGCACAGGCGUGGGUGAUCCCUGCCCACAAGCCGACUUCACAGAGGCCAACGCGCGACUUCCAGCCCCCCAGGUCUGCCGAGUUCUCGUCCCCUUCCCCAUCACCCUCCCGCAAGCCAGUUCCUUCUGCUACCCGCUCUCCCCAGGCAGGGCAGAAGAAGGCAAACCCCACCCCUCCCAAGAGCCCACGGCACUCUCGUCCCGUGGAGCUGAAGAUCCCGCCUUUAACCCGCGUCCUUACCCCUCCGCAGAAUGUCGACUCCCUGCCUCACCUCCGAAAGUUCUCCCCGAGCCAGGUGACGGUGCAGACCAAGUCUUCCAUUUGCUUUGGCGAUGAUCAGGAAGAGGAGCCAGACGUUGACGCCAGGCCAAAGCUGAGGCCGGUUGGACCGGUGACGAGGGUCGGCAGCCAAGCGAGUGAACCCUCGGUGGCGGAUCCUGUCAGCCCUGCCCUUGACCUGGAAAGCGAAGGCAACCUCAGACCGAUAGGACCGAUUGUACCUCAAAAGGCAACCGAGCAACCGGAUGGCCAGCCUGAUGUCGGAAAGAAGGAAAAUCCCUCCUCUGUUAAAAGGACUAGUUUAAUCGAGAUACCACUGUCCUCCUUGAAGGGUCCCGACGAUGGUGAAGAUGACCAAGAGGGCAUUGAAGAUUCUACAAACGACCAGAUGGACAUGGAGCAGAGGUCUGUUGGCUUCUUCUUCAAGGAUGAGGCCAAGGCAGAAGAGGAGAUGGCCUUAAAGCGAGCGGCCUUGAUGGAGAAGCAGCAAAAAAGAACAGAAGAGUUUAGGAAGCGUCGCCUGUGGUUGGAUGCGGAGAAAGAACAGAGCAGGCAACAAGUGGAGGAAGAGAAACCAGAGAGGAGCUUCACCAAACAGGAAUACCUCCGGCGGCAGCAGCUCAAAGUCAUGGAAGACCUGGACAAGGUUCUGAGGGCAAAGUCCCCAGCGAGCAGAGGGAGGAAGCCCCGUCCCAAAUCCUCAGUCUUCCGCGAUGAUUCUGUACUGACUCGGAGUCCCGUCAAGGGUCUGCUAGGCUCCAGGCUCAAUAAAGUGUAUUCACGGUCCACGCUCUCACUCUCGACCAUGGUCAACGACUCGGCCAACAGCCUGUCUGUCAAGAAGAGCCCAAGGGCAGAGUCCCCCUCUGGGCUCCAGUCUCCCAACCGGUUGGGUAACCACAAUGGAGAGAAGGACUGGGAGAAUGCAUCAACAGCCUCCUCGCCAGCCUCGAUCCCAGAGUAUACAGGUCCAAAACUCUACAAGGAACCCAGUGCCAAGUCAAAUAAGUAUAUAAUACAGAAUGCAAUCACUCGCUGCUGUCUGGCAGGGAAGGUGAACGAGCCCCAGAAGAAUAAGAUAUUGGAGGAGAUUGACAAGAGCAAAUCCAAUCACUAUCUGAUCCUGUUCCGCGAUAACAGCUGCCAGUUUCGGGCAGUGUACACGUUCCCCCCAGAGUCCGAGGAGAUGCAUCGUGUGGCUGGAGUUGGACCCAAGAUCAUCACCAAAAACAUGAUCGAGGGGAUCUACAAGUACAACUCUGACCGGAAGCAAUUCACCCAGAUCCCCAGCAAGACGCUGUCCGCCAGUGUUGACGCAGUUACCAUCCAAGGGCACCUGUGGCAGACCAAGAGGCCGGGUACUCCCAAAAAGCCAUCCAAAUGAUGGACUCUUUCCUCAUCCCCUCUUCUGUACAGACGGACGAGAAAAAACUUUUAGGUCUUAAUUUGCCAACCGACCAUUUGCUUUUUCUUCCUCCUUGCCCUCCCUACCCUUUUCUACUAUUUCUCAUGGAUUGCUGGGGCAGUGUCCUCUCACCGUUUCUGCAUGCUGUUUCCAUUCACCUGACACCGUUCGAACAAGCGAGUCGAUGUUUGUAUCACCUGGAUUAAGGGGGUUUACAAGUUUGACAUCGUGGCACCUGUAGAGAUUUGUCCCAAAGGAUUCACAAAACGAUGGAGGUGGGAGCACUGGAGGAUAUUAUCCAAAACUAUAAGCACUAAAGAUUUGGUAAGAACUUUAAAAAGGUCAAAAAUGUUUUUUAAAAACAAUCUAGAUGUAUAAUUUUUUUUUGAAGCUUGAUUCCUGAUGAUUACUACUGACGACUGAAAUAUUGUCUGUAUAUAUAUUAGAUCUAUUUAAAUGAUUUGGCUGUUUGUAUAGAUGAAAUAUUUAAGGUUCUGCUUAUUGGAAAGAAUGGUUGGGUGUUGAAAAUGAUAAGUUUGCAAGUUACUGUACAUAACUUGUUGCAGUAUUUGGUGUAUAAAACUAAGUGCUGUUGAGGUUUUAUUAUUCAAAUAAUCAAUGAAACCAUUCCUACCUGCCUGCUUUGUUGGAAGAAUGAACUAAGUAUCUUUAAUCGCUAGCUUGAUAAGCUCUAUGUUGUCAGACCUAAACUAUCUCAACAGAUGAUGGUGAAUGUCAGGAUAGCCCCAUGGUUGAAUUUUAAGUUCAAGCUGUGCACAUUAUGUAGUUGCAUCAAUGCUUGAAUUUGUCCAGGAUUGACCAGGGCUGUGUCUAAAUUUUUUAAUUUGGCUGGAUUGUUAGGUCUUCAGUUUGCAUUGCUUUAGCAUUUAAACGUGCAGGUCGCUUCCUAUUGUAGGGUUUGAGCUGAUGAAACCAGUUCACAUGGAGGCCAGUGCAUUCAAUCCUGGGAAGCUACCCCUUGUGAAUUCCUUCUUCUGACCCUCUUAAGAUGUCUUUGGGAGGGUUGGAUGUUGACCAGUCAAUUGUUCAGAUGUCAGCUGUGUUGCUUUGCUGUCAGAGAAAGGGUUUCUGAAUAAGCUGGCAAUGUUUCAAUGUAGCUUUCCUAAUGGAUUGACUCAGUUCAAAUCCAGCCCGGCAUCAGUCUGGAAUUUAAGCUCGGAUUCCAUGUAACGUUGUAUCUGCACCAUGUGGAAGUCUUGGGUCUGCUGAGUAUUCCAUGCAAGAGGCUCAGGUUUGCAUUGACACAACAUCCAGUCUGGAAUGAGUCCGACUAUGGUGUCCAAUCCAUUGCAACAUCAUUCAACGAUGUGGUGGUCUCUGCAGCAGUUCUGUUGUCUUUUAGAACAUCAAUGUAGAAAACCAUAUCUAUGAUUAUUUUUUAAAUGUUAUUUAUUUCUUUAGAAUUCUUAAACUUGGUUCUCUUCCCUGUGAAAAUGUAUAUAGCUGCAGCGUGAGGGAAUGUGUACCAGCAGGUAGUCUGAGCUGCCUUGGUCAUUACAGUGUCACUGAGUACUGUUCAGUGAACUUGUUUGGGAUUUUUACAUACCACCAGUAUCCCUCAUCUUUCCACCUACCACCAACAUCCCCCCGCCCACCAGCAAGGUAAAAAUAACAUGUGCUCUUCUAUUCUGUGACAUUUCAUUGAAACCUUGCCAAAACUUGUCAAUCCUGCCAAUUCCAGUGUGACAGAAAAUCAGUGGAAAAGCCACUUGGAUGGAAUUUGUGACCUCCUGGAGUUGGUGUCUUCCUAUACCCCCUGCUUGCAUCGCUUUCAGUGAAGGCCUGGUUAUCUGUCACAAUCUUCCAGCUUCCAGCCCUCUUGCCUGGCUGCUUGGUUGUACACGUGGCUGCUUUGUCAAGAAAGCACAGACUUGUGAGGUGGCCUGGGGUGUGAACUGGAUGAUCAGAUUGGGGGGGAGGGGAAUUGAGGUGUGCUGAGCAAAUGGGAGGAGAGAGUUUGUACACUUGUGUUUAUUGAGAAUCAUGAAUUGCUGAACUAAUUAUGCACUUUUAUUUAAGUUAAAAUUUCUAUUUUGGCACAAUUCUCUUGAAAAGGUGAACUGGAACCCUCUAGGAAUUGCAUUGUGAACAGUUAGCUUUUAGUCCUGUGUUGAAAUUAUUUCAUAUCUCCAACCAAGUAUCUGGAUCUUCGUUCUGCUCGUAACAUUCCAACAGAUGGAAGGAUUGUGUAUUUUUUCUUUAUUUAAGGUCCUACAUGAUUAUUAACCAUAUGUCAUGCCCAAUUCUGCUCGGGGUAGCAGUGGUUGAGCUGCUGUAGCUCUGCUGCAAAGUGUCUGCAGUUUUGAACAAGAGCAAGAGGCUGCUAGUAAUCUUGCCCACCUCUAUAUGUCACUGCCAAAAUAUGACCUACCAUCUGGUAAGAAUGGUUGUCCGAGUGUGUGUGUAUUUGUGUGUUACCAGACAGGAGUAGAGUCAAGGGAUCUGAACAAAUCCGAGAGCAUUUCAAAUGCACAAUGUUUAAUCUUGACACCAUCUUUAGUAAUUAGCAAACAUGUCUCCCCACCACCCCCCCCCCCCCACUUUGGUUUUUAGUAUUUGCAUUGUCCACUGCCAUUGUACUUUCACUGUGGAUUCAGUAUUCACCAAUUAUCAGGAUACAAACCCCAGAGACAGCAGUGAGGAUAGAUGGCGAUUUGCUGCAGGAUCCGUGGAAUAUAUUGACAAUGGACCAGAGGUUGGUGGAGCUCCUAAUAAGCUCUGCGUCAAUUAUAGAGAUGGAAAAAGUAGAUGUUUGCAUGGGAUUUGCUGGCAGUGCCUGUUUUUCAUGGAUAUCUUCGAAACUGUGAACAAUCUAGCAGACUAUCAAGAGAUUUAAAAAAAACUGGAAACAGCUGAAGAAGAGGUACUGUGGUCGUCCAAUGAGGUGUUAAUGAGUCCCUUUGGGGAGAAGUGCAGUGAACAAUCCACACAUAAGCCUGGGCUGAAAGUUAGACCUUAUUGGGUAUGGGGGCCAAACAAAGUUUAAAAAUGUAACAUUGCAUAUGGUACCGUACAAGAUUUGAGCUCUGGUGUAUGUGUCUACAGCUGUAGGACUUGGGAUCUGUAUUACUAGAAGGAAUAACAUGAGAAAAAUCUUGAAAUUUAAUAAACAAUUUACACAAA